AUGAGCGAAACCGAACGUUAUAAACGCGUUAAAUGGCAAGAUAUACGUGUUGGUGAUAUUGUACAUUUAUCAAAUAAUGAAACAGUACCUGCAGACAUACUGCUAUUACGUACCAGUGACUCCCAUGGGGUCUGUUAUAUUGACACUUGUGAUUUAGAUGGUGAAACAAAUCUCAAACGAAGAGAGGUGGUGCGUGGUUUCACCGAUAAACAAAAUAUAUUUACACCCAGUAAAUUUGUAAGUCGUGUAGAGGCAGAUGCGCCUACAACAAAAUUAUAUCGUUUUCAUGGGGCCUUAAUACAUCCCUCGGGGGAAAGAGUACCAAUAUCAACAGAAUGUUUACUAUUAAGAGAAAGUAGACUUAAGAAUACCGAUUUCAUUGAGGGUAUUGUAGUAUAUGCCGGACAUGAAACAAAAGCUAUGUUAAAUAAUAGUGGACCACGUUACAAACGUUCCCAGGUGGAACAACAAAUGAACAUUGAUGUUAUAUGGUGUGUAAUUAUAUUGUUAAUAUUAUGUGUUGUUGGUGCUGUUGGUUGCAAAAUGUGGCUUAGCUCUUUUGAGCAAUUUCCUGUACCUUAUCUACCCUUCGAAGUUGAUCCCAGCUAUGAGGGUCUUCUUAUCUUUUGGACCUAUAUUAUUAUACUACAAGUUAUGAUACCACUCUCCUUGUAUGUCACCAUUGAGCUGUGUAAGAUACUACAAGUUUUCCAUAUACACAAUAAUGUCGAUCUCUUCGAUCGUGAUACGAAUAAACAAACCGAAUGUCGGGCUAUGAAUAUUACCGAAGAGUUGGGACAAAUUCAGCAUAUAUUUUCGGAUAAAACCGGUACACUAACCGAGAAUAAAAUGUUAUUUCGUCGUUGUGUGGUAAAUGGCAUCGAUUAUAAUCAUCCGCCUUCGGAGCUUGAGAAGGCGUAUUCAAAACCGGGUUCACCGGCUCCUCCUCUAGUGGCGAAUGCAACACUCGUUAGUGAUAUGGCGAAUUUAAGUUCUUCGGGUAUUUUCCUGUCGCAGAAUUCGCAAAGAAUUCAAGAGUUUUUAGUAGUUUUGGCGAUAUGCAAUACGGUGAUAGUUAGUGCGGCGCCACAUCGUGAUCUUAUGAAUGCCAGUGGCAUUAUAGAGGUGCAGAGUAAUAAUACCUCUCUGGUGGGAGAGUCUUCAGUGAAUUUGAAAGGUGUCAAACCCACAGCUGGCCAAAAUGACUUAACCUCUUCGCCAGCGCCCUCACUGAGCAAUAAUAAAUUAGCAUCGGCCAUACCAGUCGAUCGUUAUAUACGCUUAGCUGAAUCACGUUCCGUAACACCAUCACCGCCACCUAAUUUAGCAUUUAACAUUCCAACACAAUCGCACAUACCCUCACUGUCGCCCAUAAGUAGUUCAGCCGAAUCGACACCCACCUCAGAGUCACCGCCAAUGAAAUUGAAAUCAUUAUCGCAUGCCAUCUCGCCCACAGGACGUGCUAAGGCGGCUAUCAAUUCAAAAAUUAAUAGUAUUACAACAUUUCUAAAUGCCAAGACACAAAACAAACGACUGGCCAAUAAAUUACAACAACAAAAAAAUAAUCCCACAUAUCAGACUCCAGAUGGUCGUCCUUUAUAUGAAGCCGAAAGUCCAGAUGAAUUGGCUUUAGUUAAUGCCGCCUACGGUUAUGAAUGUUGCCUUAUCAAUCGCAGUCCAAAUCAUAUUUUGGUCAGUGUACCCAAUAAGGGUUUAGUAGAGUAUGAAGUUCUGAAAAUACUACCCUUCGAUUCCAGCCGCAAAUGUAUGUCUAUUGUGGUAAGACGUACCGGUAGCCAGGAGAUAGUUUUAUAUACAAAAGGUGCUGAUACUUCAAUAAUGCCCGUAUUGGCACCCUGUUCCCCUAACUCACCCGAGGGACUGAUACGUGAGAAAACACAACAACAACUUGAUCGUUAUGCUCGCGAUGGUUUACGUAUUUUGGUAAUGGCUAAGCGAAAUCUUAAUGCCACCGAAUAUACCGAUUGGUGGGCCAGACAUCAGGAAAUCGAAAUGUCUAUGGAGAAUCGUGAACGACGUUUGAGAGAUUCUUUUGCCAAGUUAGAAAGUAAUUUGUCUUUAUUGGGUGCCACUGGCAUAGAAGAUCGUUUGCAGGAGGGUGUUCCCGAGACUAUACAAUCUCUAAUGGCGGCUGGUAUAUCAAUAUGGGUGCUAACGGGUGAUAAACCCGAAACCGCUAUAAAUAUUGCCUAUUCAGCAAAAUUAUUUACCCAGCAAAUGGAAUUGAUUAGAUUAACUGCCCGUUCAAGAGAUGCUGCGGAAACUGCCAUUAAUUUUUAUUUAAACGAAAUUGAAGCUGCCAAAGUAACAUCAUUUGAAGGUAGUCCUCGGCUUAAGCCACGCGCUUUAGUGGUAGAUGGUAAAACUUUAACUUUCAUAUUGGAUUUAAGAUCAAAAUUGAUACGUCCUUUUUUAAAAUUGGCCAAAGGUUGUGCUUCAGUACUGUGUUGUCGUUCCACUCCCUUGCAAAAAGCAUAUCUGGUUAAAAUUGUCAAAGAGGAGUUACGUUUGUGCACAUUGGCCAUUGGCGAUGGUGCCAAUGAUGUUUCAAUGAUACAGAUGGCCGAUGUGGGUGUUGGUAUAUCCGGCCAAGAGGGUACACAAGCUGUAAUGGCGGCCGAUUUUACGGUGGCACGUUUUCGUUAUCUGGAACGUUUGCUUAUAACACACGGCUAUUGGUGUUAUGAUCGUUUAUCUCGCAUGAUUUUAUAUUUCUUUUAUAAAAAUGCUGCCUUUGUUUUCCUAAUAUUUUGGUAUCAACUGUAUUGCGGUUUCUCCGGCUCUGUGAUGAUGGAUCAAAUGUAUUUAAUGUUGUAUAAUUUAAUAUUUACCUCGCUGCCUCCUUUAGCCAUUGGUGUCUACGAUAAACGUGUGCCAGAGGAUUUACUAUUAAAAAAUCCUUAUCUUUAUAAAAAUGGUCGUUUGGGUUUAGCUUAUAAACCACAUGAUUUUUGGAUAAUAUUAUUAGAUUCCCUAUAUCAAAGUCUGGUGGUAUUUUUUAUAGCUUUAUGUGCCUAUGCUGGUUCAGAAGUUGGUAUAUGGGAAUUUGGUGCCACCAUUACGGCUUCCUGUUUAUUUACGAAUUUAUUACAUGGUGUUAUAGAAAUACGUUCUUGGACAAUACUACAUGUGCUUUCAAUGGUUUUAAGUUUGGGUUCAUUUUAUUUAUUUUCAAUUGUUUACAAUUCCAUGUGCGUCAAUUGUUUUGGCCUUCCUUCGAGUUAUUGGGUGAUAUUUCGUUGUUUUGCUUCCGCCGUACAUUGGUUGGUGAUUGUUUUAUCUGCGGUCGUAGCCAUUUUACCACGUUUGCUAUUUACUGUCUUAAAAACAACCAUAUUUCCAGAUGACAGCACAAAAGUUUUAUUGAAUAGUAAGCGAGAACGCAGUAGAGGUGAGGGUUUAUUAGUUACUUGGUCAAGGUCAACAUCUGCUUCAUCAAUUUAUAGGUAAAGGACACACAACUAAACUUCAAAGUAAAGGAAUUUUUUCUCACAUACUUCUCUCUCUCUCUCUCUUCAACCUUAUGUUCAUGCAAUAAUGUUUGUUUGU